AUGGCAUGGGACCGUUAUGUUGCUGUUUGCCGACCUCUGCAUUAUGCUACUGUGGUGACACUACCACGUUGCAUAAUGCUCAUUGGUGGAGUCUGGGUUGGCACAACUCUCCAUUCCCUGCUCCAUACAGUCCUCAUUGCAAGGCUCACCUUCUGCAGUAGUCGUGAUAUCCCACACUUCUAUUGUGAUGUCUAUCCUUUACUGCAGCUUGCCUGUUCUGACACCUCCCUCAACUAUAUAAUAGCCCUAGUUGAGGGUAGUGCAGACAUCAUCUUGCCUGCUGCUUGUAUUGUCAUCUCCUAUGUCUUCAUUGGAGCUGCAGUAAAUGGAGUCCGAGCUACUGGGGGUUUGCACAAGGCACUUGCCACAUGUGGAUCUCAUUUAGCUGUGGUCAUGCUUUUCUAUGGAACAUUAAUUAUUGUUUAUAUACAGCCCCUAGGUCAGACUGAGGUUCAAGGAAGAAGUGGAGAUCUUGUAGCCUCAAUUAUGUUCUCAGUGGUGGCUCCUACACUGAACCCCUACAUAUAUAGUCUUCAGAACCGUAAAAUUAAAGCAUCUCUGGCACGUAUAUUCAAAGUGAACUGGUUAUAG